AUGAGCACCUCACCUUCGUCGUCCAAGAAGCCCCGCCUCGACGCGCCGCCCGUGACCUCAACCUCGAACGGCGCUCUUCCCCUCGUAGCCAAUCCAGCCGACGGUUUCAUCCCCGACGAAGACAUCGCUGCCCCACCUUCGACCCAAGCUGGAGCCCAUGCCAAGCCUUUGUCGGCCUUGUUCGCGGGCGCGCAUCCGGCGAGAGGGUUGUCGCAGCUCAAGUCGGCUGUUCAGAAUGGCGUCAAGGGCAAGGCGAGGAACAACGACGACGAUGACAAGGAGAACUUUGAGAGUAUCCUCAAGGAACUGAAUGAGGAAGGUCAGUUGAUGAGCGUGGUAUUUUUGAGGGGCACUAUUCCGCAAGACUUUGCAUCGGACGAUUGGGAUGCCCCCGCCUGCUUGGUGGUACACGGCGACACGAGCCAGCAAGCGAGUGCCGCAGACUCCGAGGCCUCUACACCAGAAACUGUUUCCUGUUCAUUUUACCGACGCUCUUAUCUCAAUUGGGCGAAUUCGAGAUGCAGCAAGCCCGCACGGCUGAAAACCGUUAAAUCUUCGGUGUCCGAUCGAGCCCCCUAACUGACUGCUGCGUCCUCUCACGCAACCUCGAUUCUAUCUUUCCGUAGUGGCAACGGACUCGAGUGAUCAGAAAUGGAAUCGACCGGCACUGCCUUCGAUCGACCCAGACACCGAUGCUCUGAGUUCGUCCUUUAAGCUCUGCAAAUUGUGUCCAAUCCGCCCACCCAAGCUGACUCAUUGACCUCGAAUCGGAUCACAGUUUUCCAGCAGAUCGAGCUCGAAGAACACGUGGUGCCCGGGACGAUCCCGCAGAUUCGUGCAUUUGGUGUAACGCAGGUACGUCGUCGCACUCUCCUAGCAAAAUCGUAUCCGCUAGAGCUCAUCAAUACGAGAUGACCACGAGCAGGCUGGGCAUUCCGUGUUGCUGCAUAUCACGGGUUUCAUGCCUUACUUUUGGAUUGCUGCGCCAAAGGGGUUUGUGAAUGACCACUGUGUCCCGUUGAUGGGUCACCUCAAUGUAAGUUCUUUGUCCGACCGUGCAUCUGUUUUCGGACGCUCAACUCGAACAAAAUUCAAUAGGCCAUGAUCCCGGGUGACGCGAACCCCGUUCACUCGAUCAAAGUCGCACACAAGCGCUCUUUAUGGGGAUACAAGGGUGAUGGCACCGUACCCUUCAUCAAGAUCACCAUCAGCGACCUGCGAGCGUACCCCAAAGUCCGAGGCGCGUUCGAGCGUGGCGAGGUCAACUUUCGGGAACUGUUCACGGGUGAAGCGGUGAUGACCUACGAGAGCAACAUUGCUUACACGCUGCGGUUCAUGAUUGAUCAUGGGGUACUUCACCUGUUGCGAGGCUUGUUGUCUCGUUAAUGCGAGCUGACAAUGUUCGUAUGCAACCACAGAUUGUCGGGAUGAACUGGCUCGAGCUGCCGCCGGGGACAUAUCAAAUGAAGCGACCGAGCGAAAAGGUAUCAAACUGCCAGCUCGAACUCGAGACAAAGUUAGCCUGCCGAUCAACUUUGCAAAACUGGGAUCUCAUACUCACAGCGGAUCCCCUCUUUGGCAGGCACAACGAUCUGAUCUCGCACGCACCGGAAGGUGAAUGGUCUCACAUUGCUCCUCUGCGCGUCCUAUCCUUCGAUAUCGAGUGCGCUGGUCGCAAGGGUAUCUUCCCCGAGGCCGAAAUCGAUCCCGUCAUUCAGAUCGCCAACAUGGUCACUCGCCAAGGCGAGACCAAACCCUUCAUCCGCAACGUCUUCACACUCAACACGUGUUCGCACAUCGUCGGCACGGACGUGAUCGAAUUCGAGAAGGAGGCCGAUCUACUGACGAGGUGGCGCGAGUUUGUCGAAGAGGUUGAUCCCGACCUUAUCAUCGGGUACAACAUCUCGCAAUUCGAUCUGCCUUACCUCAUGGAUCGAGCCAAGGCGUUGAAAGCGACCAAGUUCCCUUACCUCGGACGACUCAAGAACGUCAAGAGUGAUGUCAAGGACACCCACUUUUCGUCAAAGGCGUACGGCAACCGAGACAACAAGGAGACAACGAUCGAUGGUCGACUGCAGCUCGAUAUCCUGCAGGUCAUGCAGCGUGACUACAAAUUGCGAAGUUAUACGCUCAACUCGGUGUGCGCUCAUUUCCUCGGUCAGUUGUUGUCUGCGGGUGCAGAUGUCUUUGGAUGAGCUUGGAGGAUCCUGAACGAAUUUCCUUCGUGUCCCAGGCGAGCAAAAGGAGGACGUGCACCAUUCGAUCAUCACGGACUUGCAGAACGGUAACGCCGAGUCUCGACGUCGUUUGGCCGUGUAUUGUCUCAAGGUGCGCAUGUAUUCCACCGGAAACGAGAAGCUGGCCAUCGGAACUGACGCCCUCUCGCACCAGGAUGCGUAUCUGCCGCAACGAAUCAUGGACAAGCUAAUGUGCUUCAUCAAUUACAUCGAGAUGGCUCGUGUGACGGGAAUUCCUUUCAACUACCUCUUGUCGCGCGGUCAACAGAUCAAGGUCAUUUCGCAACUCUUCCGCAAGGCCCAGGACACGAACUACCUCGUCCCGGCGUUCCGGUCCGAAGGCUCGGACGAGCAGUACGAAGGUGCGACCGUCAUUGAACCCGAAAAGGGCUAUUACGAUGUGCCAAUCGCGACCCUCGAUUUCGCUUCGCUGUACCCUUCGAUCAUGCAAGCGCACAACCUGUGCUACACCACCUUGCUGGAUGCCAAAAUCGCCGAGGCGCUUAACCUCAAGGAGGGCGUCGACUACGUCAGGACCCCCAACAACGGUCGGUCCUCCCUAAUCUACCCGAUUUCUCUCGCCAGAUACUGACGAUCUCAACGCCUUCUGCUAGAUCUCUUCGUCAAGUCCGAGAAGCGUCGUGGCCUGCUCCCCAUCAUUCUCGAGGACCUGCUGUCGGCGCGUAAGCGCGCCCGAGCCGAGUUGAAGAACGAAACAGACCCGUUCAAACGUGCUGUGUUGGACGGUCGUCAGUUGGCGUUGAAAGUCAGUGCCAACUCGGUGUACGGCUUCACGGGAGCGACGGUCGGCAAAUUGCCCUGCUUGCAGAUCUCGAUGAGCGUCACCGCGUACGGGCGACAGAUGAUUGAAAGGACCAAGCAGGAGGUGCAGGAUCGGUACAACACCGCGAAUGGGUACGAGUACGAUGCGACCGUCAUCUAUGGUGAUACCGAUUCGGUCAUGGUUCGUUUCGGGUGCCCGGACUUGGAGACAGCAAUGAAACUAGGUGAGUUUGUGUUUGAACGAGCUUCCGAAGCUAUGCAGAACACCUUCUGAAGUGAUUGUUAAACCCUGAUGACUCUAGGCGCAGAGGCCGCCGAUUUCGUUACACAAAAGUUCGUCAAGCCGAUCAAGCUCGAGUUCGAAAAGGUCUACUUCCCAUACCUCCUCAUCAGCAAAAAGCGCUACGCCGGCCUGUACUGGACCAAGCCGGAAAAGUACGACAAGAUGGAUACGAAAGGUAUUGAGACCGUUCGUCGUGACAAUUGUCGUCUCGUCGUGACCGUCAUCGAAACAUGUCUCAAGAAGAUGCUCAUCGAUCGAGACGUCAAGGGAGCGGAGGAGUACACAAAGCAGACGAUCUCGGACCUGCUGCAGAACAGAGUCGAUCUUUCGCAACUCGUCAUCACCAAAGCACUCGCCAAGGCCGAUUACGCCAACAAACAGGCCCACGUCGAGCUCGCGGAACGCAUGAAGAAGCGUGAUGCCGGAUCGGCCCCGGCGUUAGGAGAUCGAGUCGCGUACGUGAUCAUCAAGGGGACCAAGGACGCUCGCGCGUACGAGAAAUCCGAGGACCCGCUGUAUGUGCUCGAGAACAAUAUCCCGAUCGACACCAAGUACUACCUCGACAACCAACUGUCCAAGCCGUUAAUGCGUAUUUUUGAGCCGAUUCUGGGGGAGAAAGCGAGCUCGUUGUUAACCGGUGAUCAUACUCGCAUUGUGUCGAUCGUGGCACCGACGUCGGGUGGGUUAAUGAAGUUUGCUGUACGCACGAUGACGUGUCUGGGGUGCAAGACGCCGCUCAAACCGAAUCGACCGAGUGAGUUAGGAUCCAAAGUGUCGUUACCUCGACGUGCCCCCCUGAUCCUUGCUCCCGAACGCUCUCCUUCAGACAAAGCCGUCUGCGAAAACUGCGCGCCUCGCACGGCCGAGCUGUACGCCAAACAGUUGAACAUCACCACCGCGCACGAGACCGCCUAUGCACGCUUGUGGACGCAAUGCCAACGUUGUCAAGGGUCUCUGGUGCAGGAUGUGCUCUGCACAAGUAAGGAUUGCCCCAUCUUUUACAUGCGCAAAAAGGCACAAAAGGAUGUGGCGGAAAACGUUUCCGUGCUUGAUCGCUGUGAGUACCUCUUUUAUGGAUUUGGAGCAGCAGCAGCUGAUCCUCUUUUGACCUUGACGUCACAGUUGAUGGUACUUGGUAG